AACCAAAGCCAUCAAAAAACAGGGGCUGAGCUCAAACUCUUGGAAGACAGAGAUCGACGACAUCACACAAGUGGUUCGGUCUCUGCACAAAUUAAACCCCAAACAACCUUAGCAAUACAAUGUCGUCUGCUUCGAAUCACGGUCUUCAUCUCUUCUUCUUCUUCUUCCUCUUCUUGGGCUUCGCCUCCUCCGCCACCUUCCUUUCCAAUGAUAUUUUCCAGUCUGGUGGAUCCAUUGGACGUUCCCUUCUUCAGGCCAAACAAAAUUGUCCUGUGAACUUUGAGAAUCAGAACUACACAAUCAUCACAAGCAUGUGCAAAGGACCCAACUACCCAGCCAAGAGCUGCUGCGAAGCCUUGAAGGACUUUGCCUGCCCUUUUGCAGAUGCUAUUAAUGACUUGAAAAAUGAUUGUGCUACAACCAUGUUCAGCUACAUAAACAUUUAUGGGAAGUACCCUCCUGGCCUGUUUGCGUCUCAAUGUCGCGAAGGGAAAGAAGGUCUCGCAUGCCCCGCUGAGGCACCAAAACCUCAGAAGAGUAGAGGUCAGAUAGCAGCUACUCACUCCAUCAUACUAGCACUCACUGCAGUCCUAGUAUUAUCAUUCAAUAUGUUCUGAGCUGGUGUGAAGUGUGGAAAACACCACCCAACUUAUAACCAUUAAUUCAAUUAACUUUCCCUGCUUUCUCCCACCAAUUUGUAAGCUUGAAGUUGUACUCUAAAUAUAAAACUGCCCAAAUAGUAUAACUUUAUUGUAUGCUUGUUAGUGUGUGUUCAUUACUGGACCACACACACUGCCAAAAUGAAACGACUUCGUUUCCAUCCGA